AAGCGCCCGUUUGGGUGUGUGCGGGUAACAUCCAUUCAUGAAAAAAAAUCGUUUAAAUCGUUUGAUCAAUGAAUCAGACUGACGUUUGCUGUCAGAAAUUUACUACAGAAUUUUAUUUGCGUAUUUUUGUUCUAUGUGCGUGAAAAGCUGGUCUCAUAAGUUCGAAAAGAGUACACAGAAUAAGUGUUUUCAGUCUUAUACUUCUUUGAUGAGGAAAUCUUUUCACCAUUAAUAAAUUCAGUUAUUUAACAAAUCACAGUACCUCGCGUGUAGUUGUGAUGAUUGAAAGUCAAAAUAAUUGAGCACUAUGAGUUAAGGUGUCGACAAUUUUUCUCUACUAAAAUGGAAUCUUUCUUCGAUUUUGAUACGACGCUAAAUUCUGUUCAAAUAUCUUCAGUCAGGAACCACGGGAAAUUAAAGAAUAAAGAAUCUGAAGACGAAUACGAUGCACUCAAUGAUGAAACUUUUGGUGAUCCGGAAAAAGGCGACUGGGAAGACAUGCAUGAAACAUUGGUUCGUCUGGAAAAGGGUGACGAUUUUAUAUUUAAAGAUAAAGAUGAGCUGUUUGAUGAUGGCGAGCUGGAUUUGCAUUUGUCGAGGUUUGAUUUCGGAGACGAAGACGAAAGCGUGAGCAGUGUGGCCGAUAUGAGCUUUGAGGAGGAUAUAACCAGCAAAUUAGACCCCAGUAUAUGGGACAGUCCGCUAAAAAAUCUCCCUAUUGAUAGUUUUGGAAUAAAAAAUCUGUUUCCAAACCUUUCAUUCCGUUCUACGCAAAAUGGUUCGGAAUCAGUUAGAAAUAAUCAUAUAGUAGUUCCUCAAGUACCACCGAAGAUGGUAUCGGUGGAAGAUCUGGAGCGUAACAUGAUCCAACAACAGCAAGAGCAGAUGCGAAAAGAAUGCCAACGACAGCAAUCGAAGUUGUCUACCGAAAAUAAGAAAAGUAAAGAAAUUCGAAAACUAUUGCCAAUUCCAUCCAUUCCUUCUCUGGUAUCUCCUGCACAAUUAUUGGCAAUCAGAGGUCAACUGUUUCCUCCACCACCAUUGUUGAAUCAUGCAUCUCGUUUGCCUAUAGGAUUUCUGCCAUAUAAUUAUAUUCCAACACACUAUACUGCACCCCUGAAUAAUUUGGCCAUGCACCCAGGAUUCCCAGGGCGCAUUGGUCAUCAGGUUGGUUUGUUCGCUCAACAGCGCUUACCAUUGCCAGUUCAGCCAAACUUAAUUCCUAACAUUCCCAGCAACCAGUUUAACAAACGUCUCGUUCAGGAAAUUCAACAAAAUCAUCCAAUGCUUUCUUUCCAUCGCCAGAAUCAACAACAUACCCAGCUAAAACAAGCAUACCAUCAACGCCACAAAAACCAACCGAGAGGUCCGGAUUUCGACGAUUACGCAAACAUGAUGUCCAAUAGAGAGAAACAGUGGCUUCUCAACAUCCAGCUGACCCAACUGAAUUCGGACACUCCCUAUAUAAAUGAUUAUUAUUUCACCGUCUACAAGGAACGUUUGAAUGGACAAAAAGGAAACGAUGCUAGCAAAGCUUACAAGGCUAACUGGCUUAACCAUCCCUUCACCCAACCAAAAGGGCAUACCCAGCUUCUGGUAAGAACCCUUGGAAUGGCGAACACCAAAGGUGUAUCACCCAAUUUUCAUAGAGAACGCAAAUCUUCCGAGUCACUUAAAAACAACAAUGAAAUGAAAGAUCCGCCAAUUAGAGCGUAUACUCCAUUGCAGUUCGAAAAUUCGCUAGGUAAACUUCAAUGUGGCAGCGUGACCGCACCUAGGAAAAUCAUCGAUAUGGAAGUCGUAAAUAAUGAACAAACGAGUUCCGGUAAUAUCAAUCUUGAAUUGUCGAUGCACCGUAAAUCACGGCAUAUAUUGCUCAGCAUUGAAAAUCUUUUUAAGAUCGUACUAAAAAUAGAAGAUCUGAAUAACCCAGUUGCAAUGGAAGCUAUCUUGAUUGCAAAGGAAAAACGCGAACAUGAGUGCCAAGUUCAAGCAUCUAAUUCAAAUUCAAUGAACCUCAAAAGUUUAUCUACAACCCUUGAUACUGAAUUUGACACUGUGGAUCAGUUAACAUCCCAAAUCAUCGCAAAUCUCACGCCAGAAAAAGUUAUUCCAAUGCUGAAUGUUCGUAAAGGAAAAGUUCUACUUCGACGUAUAUCAGUUUUACUUCGAAAUGAUCCCCAUCGCUGGACACUGUGGAGUUCCAUUUUUUCUGCCAUUCCAUUCAUGCUGAAAAAAGAUCGCGACGAUCAGGAAGGAGUUUUCUUCGCGCUGUAUACUGAAUUUGAACGUCACGUUCAGUACAGUAAAUUUUCUGAACUGCUCAAACUUUCACAAGCUAUCGCCGUAGAUAAAAUUGUGCAAUUUUUAACAAGUUGCAAAUUUUUGCUUUCAUCCGUUAUAACCGUCAUCUUCCAAAUGGAAAUUUUCUUUGAAAAUAGAGACGAAGAGACAGUUGGUUUCAAUGAACAAACUCGCUGGAUCGCUGCCCUCCAAUGCAUCACCGACGCCAUCAGUACUCUUCUUUCUUCAAGAUCGAAUCCAGUAUCCAGUAAACCAUGGCAUACUAUCAAAAUUGAUCCGGAAAAUAGCAUAAUUCAAACAGUGCAGAAACAUCUAGAGCGAUUUCCAGAGCAGGUCAAUGGAAGUGUUUUCUUGGAUUUUAUCACUGAAGAAUCGACCGUUACGAAGAAAGAAAACGAAGAUAAAACAAAUUGAUAAUAAUUUAGACAGGGCAAAAAUAAGCACAAAAAUGAUUAAAUCAGAGAAUUGAUGUUAUUUUCUUUAUCUCAGAAGUUUGUUUGAACAGUUAAAACAAUGAACUACCGCUUAUUUUAACCGCCGUUAAAUGCAGUGGAUACGGUGGAUACGCUUAAAUAAGUACAUCCAAGGCUAAGUUUUGUAACAAUUAAAUAUUUCGAUUUAUUUGUUCUUUUCCAUUUUCUUUAAAUUAAAUUUUUCAAGUUGGAUUAUUUGUUUCUACACAUCAUAAUUUUAAAUGUGUGUAAAAAAGAGAAAACUAUUCUAGAAUGUUUACAACAAUAUAAAUUACCGUAAACUUCACCCAUCCACUAUUUGCGAUAAACAUAGAAGGCAAAAUGCAAGCAUUUCAAAAAAGCAAAUAGAUAUUGUUGUUUUUAUAUUAUAAAAUGGCAGUUUAGUAACACAAAUUGGUUAUCUAAAGCAAUAAUCACACCAAAUUCAAUCCUAUUAUUAUAUGAAACUAGUUAAAAAUCUAAAAAAAAUCUCCUAUUAGCUAACCUCAUGAAUAGAGCAAAUCUAUUUAAAAAUAAAAACCAGCGAAAGUUGUGUGCAUAUUUUGAAUUGAUUAAUUUUAUCUAUUAAAAAAUUAAAGCUCCAUUCAUUUAGGUUAACAAUUUCACAUAGUUUAUUUGUGCUAAGCAGUUUAUCCCAGUAAAGCAUCCAAACAUAUUUUUUUGUAAUUAUGGUCGAUCUCGUAGCGUUUUUAAUGUUAUUAAAUAACAUUUAUAAAAAAAAUCUUAUAAAGCCAUUGAAGGAUAUUGCUUUUUGCUUCUGCCAAUACUAAAUAUAUUGUUAAUAAAAAGCGAUGUUCGAUGAUAUAAAAAUGUAAUUAAGGCUACGGCUAUUGACUUGUAAAUUGUAUAAAUACUACUGUAAUCACAAUCUGAAUUCGUUAUGCAAGUAUUAAUUGUCAUCCGAAAAAUAACUUUGGUAUCUAAAAGUUCAUUAAGUGUAUAUCAACGAAGUUUCAAGAACAUUCGUUACAAAAUGCACACUUUAGAACAGUUGUGGCUUUCGUGUUUCAUGUUUUUUUUAAUUCUGUGUAAAAAACAUGAGACACGAAUGCCAGAACCGUGGUAAAGCGUCUAUAAUAAAUAAAAAAUAAAUUAAAAAAUCAUUCGAUUUGCUUGGCUGGUCACACUAUAAGGGAUUAGCAACUUCAAUUCGGGUACCAAUAAGCGAUAAAAAAAAGUAGAAAAAAUGUCGUGAUUAAUGUUUUCUUUCUUAAAGAAAAGGCAUCUUACUAUAAUUCGUGGAAUAUGCGCCUAUAACAGUAGACAAUUGAAUAUCCUCACAUGCAGUUUGAACAUAGUUCAACUUUAAGUUAUGUGAGCACGAUGUGAUAAAAUAUAUUAUAAUCUUGAGCACAUCACGUAUGGCUUUCUAAAUUAUUUCUUACCGGAUAAAUUCAAAGUAUUUUCAUUACUUUUCCUUUAGUUACCAUAAGUAGAAUAUCAAAUAUUCAAAUCAAGUAUGUAUAGAAAAUACAUCUUUUAUUUCUCU